AAACGAGUAGGCAACAAUGACCACUUUUUGGCUUAAAAAUUACAAAAAAUUCCUUUUAGUUUGGAUAUCACUUCUUAGUUUGAUUUCAUUUAUAAUAUGUGAAGAAAGACUCCCGAAGUGCUCUUUUACUCAAUCAUGCAUCAGAGAACCUUCUCAGAAGGGGACUCCUUGACCUGAUCCUUCAAAUUCUGAAACUCCAGUUGCGCAAGUUGGCUUUCCAAAGAUGCCUACAACUUCAAGGAAAUAUUUAGCAGAAGCCUGUCCCUAUCUGCUUGAUCAGGAGCUAUGCUGAAAUGACGACCAGAUUUUAGUAAUGUAUAAUAACUUCAAAACUAUUGACUCUUUGUUUGGAAAUUGAUUAAUCUGUUCUAUAAACCUUAAGAGAUUCUGGUGCGAGUAUACUUGCAGUCCUUACCAGUUCUAUUUCUUAGAUUCUCAUUCUCAAGUUAGAGUAGAUGAUGUUGACUAUCCUGUGCUGAACCAAACAAUGAGGAUGGGCAAUGACGUAGCUUGAGGAAUUUUUGAGUCCUGCAAAAAGAAUCCAUUCGUCGCAUCCCUAGCUAGUGGGCAAUCAGCUCCAGGGUUCCUAGAGUUUAUGGGAAGCAAUGCUGUCCAAACUGGGAAGAUCAUAAUAUUCUUUGUAAAAAGAAAAUGGCUUAUUGAUGACGAUGAAGAGGAAGAAAAUGAAAACUUCUCCGAGGGUGAUGAUAUGUUGGGAAAAUAUCAAGAAAAUGGAACUUCAUCAUCUCAUGAGAGUGUACAAAGAUUGAUCAAUGACACUCAACCUCAUGAUGUAUCUGUUUUAGAAGGCCGUAUUAAUUCUUCUUCAAUUCCCACUGAAAGUAGGAACCAAGAUAGUAUGAGAGGUUAA